AUGACGGUCCGAUUAGCGGACUUUGGGUGCGAACGGAACAGAACCAGAGAGUCUUGUGUUAGUCACCAACUACCCCUAGGGGAGAGUGGUGCCAGGAGGCCACACCGCAACGUGCACUGCCCUCUGCGUUGGGUCUCGCUCCCAAAUCGGCUGGCACCAGGCAGGUCUGCCCCUUACUUCCGCAGUCACCCCACCCAGGGUGGGAGUGGUCAAGGAAGCCGCAAAUCGGAGCGCAGGUUCCGCACACACGCACGCCCAGUCCCCGCGCCCUCACCAGGAGCGCACCCCCAGGCUUUAGGUCUAUGCCCCGGCCGCGAGCGCGUGCUAGCAAGGCCUUCUGCCACACAUACACACACGCCGCGACCAGAGGCGACCAGAGCAGCGGCCGGCUCCCUGCCAGGUGCAGUCGUGGGACCCGAAGUCCACGCGCCGGAACUGGGACCAGAAGCCAGAGGUCCCCAGCUCAGAAGACGCGGAGGCGCACGGCUUCAUCGACCGCACUUCCAGAUGGCGUCCCAGCCCAGAAUCCGCAACGAAGACACCAGCGACCUCGGCUUGGGCUUCCUGUUCCAUGAGCUCGAGGAAGGCGACGAUGAGAAGACUGUAGGGACCUCGGUGAUUGAAGCGGGAGGAGAAGAUGAGAAGAAAAUAUGGUCCGAACCCAAGCAGGGAGCAGGAGCAGAAGAAUGUCACCGCUGCGCGGGAGCUGCUGAACCCAUGAUUGACGAGAACCAGAAGGGAGGCGGUGGCGACCUGGAGCCCAGGCACCAGCAGCCUUAGGAGUCGGUCCAAGACUCCUCCUCCUCGGAGCCGC